GGGGGCACCCCGAGUGGAGAGUGGGGGUGGCGGGCAGCAUGCUGCUCGGCUGCGGCUCGGCCUCCCACACCCGCGGCGGCCGCGUCUGCAGCAGCGGCAGCAGCAGCAGAGGCGGCGGCGGUGCGGGGUGCGAGCGGUGCGCGCUUUGGGGGGCCCCAAAGUGAUCCCCGGGGAUCCCCGGGGAGCAUGGCACUGCCCAGGGGCGGCGGCCGCGGAGGGGCUCCCGGGCGGCUGCUGCUGGUGGUCGCCGCGUGCCUGCUGGCACCGGGCGCGCAGGUGAGGCGGCUGGCACGCUGCCCCGCCACUUGCAGCUGUACCAAGGAGUCCAUCAUCUGCGUGGGGUCCUCCUGGGUGCCCCGGAUCGUGCCCGGAGACAUCAGCUCCCUGAGUCUAGUCAAUGGGACCUUCUUGGAAAUCAAAGACCGAAUGUUUUCUCAUCUACCUUCUCUGCAGCUGCUAUUGCUGAAUUCCAACUCAUUUACAAUCAUCCGGGAUGAUGCUUUUGCUGGACUUUUUCAUCUGGAGUACCUGUUCAUUGAAGGAAAUAAAAUAGAAACCAUUUCAAGAAAUGCCUUUCGUGGCCUCCGGGACCUGACUCACCUUUCUUUGGCCAAUAACCACAUAAAAGCACUCCCAAGGGAUGUCUUCAGUGAUUUAGACUCUCUGAUUGAACUAGAUUUAAGAGGCAAUAAAUUUGAAUGUGAUUGCAAAGCCAAAUGGUUGUAUCUGUGGCUGAAAAUGACAAAUUCUACUGUCUCUGAUGUGCUAUGUAUCGGGCCACCAGAAUAUCAGGAAAAGAAGCUAAAUGAUGUGACCAGCUUUGACUAUGAAUGUACAACUACAGAUUUUGUUGUUCAUCAGACUCUGCCCUACCAGUCGGUGUCUGUGGACACAUUCAACUCCAAGAAUGACGUGUAUGUGACCAUCGCCCAGCCCAGCAUGGAAAACUGCAUGGUCUUGGAGUGGGACCACAUUGAGAUGAACUUUCGCAGUUACGACAAUAUCACAGGUCAAUCCAUUGUGGGUUGCAAGGCCAUUCUCAUUGAAGACCAGGUGUUUGUGGUGGUGGCCCAGCUCUUCGGUGGCUCCCACAUUUACAAAUACGACGAGAACUGGACCAAGUUUGUCAAGUUCCAAGACAUCGAAGUCUCUCGCAUCUCUAAGCCCAACGACAUCGAGCUGUUCCAGAUCGAGGAUGAGACAUUCUUUGUCAUUGCCGACAGCUCCAAGGCAGGCCUGUCCACGGUGUAUAAAUGGAACAGCAAAGGCUUCUACUCCUACCAGUCUCUGCAUGAGUGGUUCCGGGACACAGAUGCGGAGUUCGUGGACAUAGAUGGCAAGUCGCACCUCAUCCUAUCCAGCCGCUCCCAAGUCCCUAUCAUCCUCCAGUGGAACAAGAGUUCAAAGAAGUUUGUCCCCCACAGUGACAUCCCCAACAUGGAGGACGUGCUGGCUGUGAAAAGCUUUCGAAUGCAGAACACUCUGUAUCUGUCCCUCACCCGUUUUAUUGGGGACUCCAGGCUUAUGAGGUGGAAUAGUAAGCAGUUUGUGGAGGUCCAGGCCCUCCCCUCCCGGGGGGCCAUGACCUUACAGCCCUUUUCCUUUAAAGAUAACCACUACCUGGCCUUGGGGAGCGACUAUACGUUCUCCCAGAUCUACCAAUGGGAUAAAGAGAAGCAGCUCUUUAAAAAAUUCAAGGAGAUUUAUGUGCAGGCACCUCGGUCCUUCACAGCUGUCUCCACUGACAGGAGAGAUUUCUUUUUUGCCUCCAGUUUCAAAGGGAAAACAAAGAUUUUCGAGCACAUAGUCGUCGAUUUAAGUUUGUGAAGGUGUGCUCAGUGAAAGGACUGAAAAAACACCCAUCCAUACAUAGCUCUCUCGUGGGAGAGGACCCAGAGGGAAACAGCUGGGUUCAGAGCUCUGAGAUCAGAACCAAUAAGGCACUCGGGGAAAUAGUUAGAAAAAAAUUUUCCAACUUUUAGAAGCCACAUUUCAAUCAGGGAGUGCAUUCACCGACUCACUGCAUGCUAUGCCCCCUUCUCCACUUCCCAAAGACCUCGUUAAGCCUGUAAUCACGGAGAAGAGUCCAGCUUCAAUUCGCACCAUCUAGAAAAAAAUCUUGUGCUUUUUUAAUGAGAGAAGCAGAUAAGAUGGGGGCAGUUCUUAGAAUAAAAUAAUAAUAAUAAAAGACCAAAUGAAUGAUGAACCCUCGGCAUUCCAUUUUAACAGUCUUUUUUUUUUUGGUAGGAACUCUUAAAGCCAAAGUCAGCUGUAAAGAUUUGCUGAUGACUAGGUUACAGAUCUGACAACACUCAGCAAUGCUAUUUUGAGCCAUCCAGACUUGCCAGCCUGCCCCCUCUUCCCUACCCCCAUAAUAGAAGCAUCUUGUCUUGCAUUGCCAUGUCCACUUAGGUUAUGGUGUUUUAACAAAACACUGUUUUGAUGUCACUUCCUCUGCCACAGAGAAGGUGCUGCUGACAUAUAUUUAGGCUCAUCUCUGGGUGGAGGCCCAGGAACUCAACAAAGGAGUUUUCUCCUCUUCUUUGUGGUUCAAAUAUGAUGUCCUUGGUGCCAGAGUAAUCAGACAUUUUUCAUGCUCUUGGUGAGUUCUCUACUUCUUGCCCCCCACUCUGAGUUUGUGGGGGAAGCAGCAGACAGGCCAAAGACUGAAUGGUGCUUUUCAUUCCUCGUGAAUUGAUGGAAUGUUUUAUGGAAGAGGUAUUUCCAUCUGAUGAGCCUUUGGUUGAAGUUUGAAAGAGAGGUAUGUGGAGUCAAAGGGAAACUACCAAGAGACUUGAUGUGCCAUGAAACCUAGUGAUGACCCUUUGGUUUAUGCAUGCCUUUGUCCUCAAGGUAACUUGCUCUUGAAAAUCAUUGAAUACAUGCUGCUUACUUGCCUACUGCCCUACUGAUUACCAUCAUUCUUGGGCAGAUUGCCUGCUAUUAUUGCUCCUGGUGAGUUUUAGAAAAAUCAACAGCUUGUCAGACCCACCAGGGUCAUCCAUGACACUGAUGGCCUGUUAGCAUUUAGCAAAGGGAACUUCCCCUGAGUGCCACCACCACCCAGUCUCCUGGACCACAGACUGGCAAGGUGUAUUAUUCUUUAAGGCUAGACGUUUCAGACUGAUCAGCAAAGUGUGGGGAUGAGGUGGUUCCUUGAGUCCCUUGGAUAAAGUGUGAGCUGGAUGGUGGUAGGGUUGCUUCUUUCCAAGAGGACCUCUCUAAUGUGAAUCAUGGAAAGUCUUGGGGUCUGGCUUUGUGGAGGGUUCCAGGUGGAUGUUGGGCUCUUAAGAAAACAUCUGCACUUUGGGGUGUGGCCUUGACAGUGUGAAUCCCACCAUCUCUUCUAGCCUGUGAAAGGAGCAGAAGCCUAUUGUGUUGGAAUGAUUGUUUGCCAGGAUGCUGGUGGAUAUGUUGCUGCUAAUACGAAUGUAGUUGUUUUUGCUGGACUUGAAGCAGUGCAGAUGGAGGCAAUAAAUAGUGCCUAGAGAACGAGCCACUGAUGUCACAGCAGCACUCUUGAGUACAUUCUGGGACUACAGGCUGAGUUGUGCCAACUUACGACAGCAGGGAUUUUCAUCAGUGAGCUCACCCACACAUAGUAAUCUCGCUGCUUGAAACUUUCCUACCAAGCACUGAUCCAACAGAAGAGAAGUAGUUGGUGAGCCAGAUUUUUUUGUUGUAUUUUUAAGGCACAAAUCACUCUGGCUUUGGCAUUCUUGAGCUUUCCUGGUUUGUUUGACUUGGCUACACAUGCUCAGAACCACACUACACACUUGGCAAGCACAGGACCUGGCAAGCGGGGCAGAAUUAUUAGAUGGGAGUUGAUGCUCCUGAUUCCAGCUGCUGGUAGAGAGAACACCUGAGGUGCCUGCCCCCAACUCUCUUCAUAGAACAGGCAUCCAGCUCACCUGUGAGGUGACACUGGCCAUCAGCCACAUGCACUCUCCAUGCUGGUGACAGCUGCCUGCCAAGGGCUUACUGAGACUGGAGGAGAAAGAGAUGGGCAGGUAAAAGAAAGACCUAAAGCAUUUGGGGAUGGGAGGCUGAGAUGCAUGUGGGUCAGCUACAAUCAGAUUUUUCUCUGAUUUCCUUUAAUUUAAAAAAAUAAUUUAGGCAAGGGAGUAUGCAGGUUCUAGAGAGCCUGUGCUCAGAAAUGUAGUACUUGCUUUCACUCAUUUAGGGAAGGAGCAUCACUGUUCUUACAGUGAGGAGGUGGAAACCUUGCUUCAUGAAUUUUAUUCUUCCAUCAAGAGAAAGCCAUAAUGUUUUCUGGAAGAAGCUGUGGUCUUAAGUUCAGAUUCUUAAAAACAAAACACCACAAAACACCCAAAGCAGGCAGUAGACCCAUGGGGCCUCCUCAGUGGAGAGAACUUCAGGAGGAUCAUUUCUUGCUUCUUUGCUUUACCCAGCCCUCUCUGGGAAGAGAUCAUUUUAUCAGAUUGCUUCCUUAUAAUCUAGAUGCGGAAUUUACACUUAAUCUCUCCACAUGCCCAAAUGCCAGGCUACACUGCCUUAAAGCAAGGAUAUGUCCACCCAGACUUCUUGGAAUAGAUGUCUUAGAUAGACACGAAAAUUGAAACUGGAAGGAAAGGCCCAGUGCUAGUGGCAAUGAAGGAAAGGACCCCUGGAACAUGCUUAGAGUUUAUCUCUCUCUAGUGUAUAUAGACGUUCAUCUCAUUUUUUCCCAAACUCUGUUGAAGGCAAAGCUAUUUUAGAAGGAAGGAAAGAGACAUGGAAGUCUGAGUCAAUUUCCUGUUCUAGAUUAUCCAGAAGGAGUAGAAAAUAAAAGUCCAGAACUUUCCUUUUGACUAGCAGGUUUCCUAUUUUCUUUUUGUGACUCUCCACCAUGCCCUCCAAACAAAGAUCCAUGUUAUCCUUCUUUUGAAUAGAGCAGCAUUUUGAGAUAAAAUUUAAAAACACAAAAGAUGUCUCGCCAGAAAGACAAGAGCUGAAUAGACAACAUUCAAGCAGCUGGCUCGGUUAACAAUUAAGCACUACGGAACUACUAUUACAUGCAAGGUUUCACUCUUGAAAGAUUUUCAGAAGUUUCUGUCAUUUUCUGUUCUAAAGGGGGUUUCUAGUGGACUUGGUGGUAUCCCCUACCCUACAUCUUCUCCGUAGCUUUGGGAGAAGAGGCUCAGAUGUUAAGACGCAUCUGGUUCUUGUCACUGCAUCCCCAAAACAUACAGAGUAGUCCUCUGAGGGACAAAAAAAAUCCUGGAAACUAAGAUGCAUGCUUGAUGAUGAAUUGUUCCUGGCUGUAAUCAGCCUUUGGGGACCAUGCUGAAAAUGGCAGUGUUGCAUUUUUCUUCCCCAUGGAGUAUGAGGCUGUGUAUUUUUAGGAAAGAAAUCAGCGUGGGAUGCUGGAGGUUUGGCUGCCAGGAGCACUCAUGAUGGAAAUUCCUCCAACUGGGGGUAUAAUGAAAGAGAGAUGAAGGUCAGCAGGAGGGGAGUCUAUUUGCAUGCGACCUAAAGAAAAUCUCUUUAGCCAGCCUUCACAUCCUUCUGUGGUCAAGCCAGCCCCUCUGCACACAUCUUUGGACUAGAGUUUUUGCAGUCGGCAUUGAGUGGCCAAGGAUUCUGCCAAAGAUGCCUCGGAGUGGGACACAAUCCUGCAUUAGAGUCAUCCAAAUUUGGGGAAAAGCCAGGGGGUGUGGAUAGACAAACAGACCACAUGGUUAUGAGGGAACUUUUCUAAGGAGGAAGAAGUAGAAAAAAAUGGUGAAAAAUAGAAAGUCAUACUGAUUUCCUUGGCUUCAGCCAGACAAAGAGAGAGUAAAAAGAUCAGGAAAAUUAACAACAACCUGGUUAUUAAUGAAGAGAAUUGAUUGUAAUGCUACUUCAGAUAAAAUUGGCAUUGUAUAGUAACUGAUAUCUAAACCAAGACAUUCUUAUACUUACUUUAGUUCCUUGCUUGUAUCAGAAUCUACCUUUUCCUUAGUAGGAAACUAUGCAUUUCCUAUUAAUCCCUUGGACUAUCAGGAAUGUAUAAGGACUGUGAUAAAAAAAAUUUCCAUUUGGUACAUUUUUAUGUAUUUUAAAUGCAUAACUUAGGGAAACUCGAAUCGUUUCUAUGUAUAUGAAAGCAAAUUUUGCAGUAUGCAAGCUACAAUGGAUGCAUUUUAAGGCUGAAUAUAUCUUUAGCUCUUUUUUCAUAAAUAGAGUUAACAAACGAUAUGCCUCUUAAUUCAAUAUAUUCUGUAAACCUAUGAAUAAAAAGUAGUUCCUGCCUAAUAAGGCUUUGA